AUGGGCAGCCUCUUUUUGAUCAGGCGAGCUUCACCCGCUCUCACUGCGCUCGGCCAUUUCUUAUGGCCAAAAUCAGCUGUUUCCUCUAAUGUUAUCCUUUCUCCGCAAAUCCAGUCGUAUGCCACUGAAUCCACUCAGCCCAGGCCUUCGCCGGCGUUUGGGCUGACGAGAGGUUUCCAUUCGAGCUUGGCUAUGCGGGCCGGGUUUGCCAAGGCAGUUUUGGAACCGGCCAUGCAGGGACGUGAUAUGAUUGGACGAGCAAGAACUGGAACAGGGAAGACCCUAGCUUUUGGGAUCCCUAUCAUGGAUAAAAUCAUUAAGUUCAAUGAGAAAAACGGUCAGGGCAGAGAUCCUUUAGCACUUAUUCUUGCUCCUACCAGAGAGCUUGCUAAACAGGUGGACAUAGAAUUUGCCGAGUCUGCCAAGAAGUUAGAUACUCUAUGUGUUUAUGGGGGUGUUCCCAUAGCCCGCCAAAUGAGUACUCUUGACCGUGGUGUUGAUGUGGUUGUCGGGACCCCUGGCCGUGUCAUUGAUUUGAUCAAGCGUGGGGCCCUGAAUUUGUCAAAUGUGCAAUAUGUUGUCCUUGACGAGGCUGAUCAGAUGCUUAAUGUGGGAUUUGCUGAUGAUGUCGAGACUAUCUUGGGAUAUAUUACACAGAGGCAUCAGACGAUGAUGUUUUCAGCUACAAUGCCAAACUGGAUACAAAAACUUACUCAGAAAUUCUUGAGAAAUCCAGUUACCAUCGAUCUUGUGGGUGAAUCUGAUCAGAAAUUAGCUGAUGGGAUUUCGUUGUAUUCAAUUGCAUCGGAGUCGAGAGAGAAACCAGCAAUACUUGGUCCUCUGAUUACUGAGCAUGGCAAAGGAGGUAAAUGUAUUGUAUUUACUCAAACAAAGCGUGAUGCUGAUCGAUUGGCGUAUGCAAUGCAAAAGCACUUUAAAUGUGAACCACUGCAUGGUGAUAUAUCACAAAACCAAAGGGAGAGAACUCUAUCUUCUUUCCGGGAUGGCCGAUUCAAUGUCUUAGUGGCAACUGAUGUGGCCGCCCGAGGUCUUGACGUGCCAAAUGUUGAUCUGGUGAUACAUUAUGAACUUCCGAAUUCCUCGGAAAUUUUUGUCCAUCGAUCUGGACGAACAGGUCGUGCUGGGAAGAAAGGUACCGCAAUUCUUAUGUAUUCAACCCAUGAACAUCGGGACGUUAAAGGAAUCGAACGUGAUGUAGGAUGCCGAUUCAAUGAGCUCCCGAGGAUAGCUGUUGAACCCGGGUCCUUGGACAUGUAUGGUGGCAUUGGAGGGGGUGGUCGAUUUGGUUCUGGUGGAAGGAUGGGAGGUGGCCGUUUUGGUGAUUCCGGUUUUGGACGUUCGGGUGGUUUUGGCGAUUCUGGUUUUGGGCGCUCGGGUGGAUUUGGUGAUUCUGGAUUUGCACGCUCGGGUGGUUAUGGAGGUUCAGGUGGUGGUAGGUCGGGUGGUUAUGGAGGUUCUGGGGGUGGCGGUCAAUAUGGGGGCCGCAGCUCGGGUGAUGGUGGGUAUGGAGGGCAGGGUUAUAGCCGGUCGGGCGGGUUUGGUUCGGGCCUGGGUGGGCCCGCUAGGAACAGUGGAUUUGGAAGUGGAGGUCGAUCGAGUGGAUUUGGCACUGGUGGCCGCUCGAGUGGUUUUGGGGGUUUUGGUUCUGGUGGAUUUGGCAGUUCACAAUCUGGUCAAAGUUCCCAUUCAACUCGCCGUGCCGGUUUUGGUGAUGACAGUAAACGUGACAAAAGAAGUUCGGGGACAGAAUUUGAUUUCUGA